AUGUUGAAGGCUGCCGAAACCGCCGCCAAGGCCCGUGGAUACCAGUACGCAUACAGGAACGGAUACAGCUGGUACCAGCCCAAGAUUCUGUACGCUUACUCCUUCGAGCGCCCCAUCCUUGGCACCAGGGACCAGGAGGUUGCUCUGCCUGCCAUCAACACCAACAUUCCACAAGCUAACAUUGCCGUGGCUCCAGUUGUCUACCCCACCGUCAACGUACCCACCCCAGCCGUCCCCGAGUGCAGCGGAUCCGGCUGUGGUGGAUACGGACAUGGCAAUGGAGAAUACGGACUUGGCAAUGGAGGAUACGAACUUGGUAAUGGAGGAUACGGACUUGGUAAUGGAGGAUACGGACUUGGCAAUGGAGGAUACGGACUUGGCAAUGGAGGAUACGAACUUGGUAAUGGAGGAUACGGACUUGGUAAUGGAGGAUACGGACAUGGCAAAGGUGGAUACAGGCUUGACAAUGGUGGAUACAGCCUUGGCAAAGGUGGAUACGGUCAUGGCAAAGGUGGAUACAGGCUUGACAAUGGUGGAUACGGACUUGACAAAGGUGGAUACGGACAUGGCAAAGGUGGAUACAGGCUUGACAAUGGUGGAUACGGACUUGGCAAGGGUGGAUACGGACUUGGUAAUGGAGGAUACGGACAUGGCAAAGGUGGAUACAGGCUUGACAAUGGUGGAUACGGACUUGGCAAGGGUGGAUACGGACUUGGUAAUGGAGGAUACGGACUUGAUAAUGGAGGAUACGGACAUGGCACAGGGGGAUACACGCUUGGAAAUGGUGGAUACGGACUUGGCAAAGGUGGAUACGGACUUGGUAAUGGAGGAUACGGACAUGGCAAAGGUGGAUACACGCUUGGCAAUGGUGGAUACGGACUUGGCAAAGGUGGAAACGGACUUGGCAAUGGUGGAUACGGAUAUGACAAUGGUGGAUACGGACUUGGCAAUGGUGGAUACGGACUUGGCAAUGGUGGAUACGGACUUGGUAAUGGUGGAUACGAACUUGGUAAUGGGGCGUACGGCCUCAACCAGAAUUACGGGUGGUAACAUUAUAAAAUCAACAUUUCCAAAUUGAAAGAAAUUUGUAUCUAUAUUAAUGAGUAUAAUUUAUGACUAGCAGUAAUUAAGGUAGAAAUUAUUAUCCAGGGCCUAUGAAUAUCACACUUGCAUGAUCUUUAUUGCAUUCUCGAAUUAUGUAAGCGUAAGAGCAUAUUAUGUUUCCUCUAUACAUGUAAAGUAAUCAACCAUGACCGUAUGUAAUAUGAUGGAAUAUUAAAAUAGCAUAUUGUACA